GACCCGCAUUUUGUGUGCUGGUCUCACCUUCUCUCCGCCACGACGGCGCAUCUAAUGUUCCUCCAAUCGAUUCUUCUCCUUCUUCAUCUUUCCCCUCUCUAACCAAAAUUAAUUCUCACUUCUUUUUUUUUUUCUCGUAUGUUCUUCUGAUAAUCUGACAAUCAUUAGAACAUACAAAUUAAAAAAAAAGAAGAAGUCCAGUUUUCUGUGUUCUGUCUGUACACAGAGCAAAAGUUUGUUUCCUUCUAUUGAAUGUUUUUAAUUAUUUUUUUUAUGAGAGGAUUUGAGAUUUGCUGUUGUUAUUCCAUCAAACAUUAUUAUUAAUUAUAUUUGUAGAAAGGGAACCAUGACUUGUCCGAAUCUUGGCACUUUCUCUCUGUUUCUUUCUUCCUCGUCCUCUUCGUCUUCCCAAUUUGUUUGGAUUGGCAGAAGAUCAUUCUGGCUAUAAAUUCAUAAAAAUCCAUGAGAUCUCUCUCACUCAAGCUCCAAUUUCUUGGCUUAUAAGAUUAUAAAGAUCUUAACUUUCUCAUAGAUCACAACCUUUCGUAAACACCCUUCUUGAUCUCAGCUCUCUCACUCACUCAAUUUUUCUAAAUCCAUUUUCCCUAGAAAAAAAACUCUCAUUUUCCCGAGAAAGAAAAAAAAAACAAAUUUUGGUAACCGGAGAGAGUCACAGAAAACGAGGCCGGAGAAUAAAACCAGUCACGGUCUUGUCUGCUUUUCUCCUCGGUUGGUUUGAGAUCUCUCCCUAUCAAUGGCAGGAAGUGGACUAAAGAGACGAAGAAGGAGAAGAAUCCACUUAAGCAAGCUCUACACACUCACAUGCACUCAAGCGUUUUUCAAGCAAGACCACUCUCAAAUCGGAGGACCCGGUUACUCUCGUCUCGUCUUCAUCAACGAGCCUGAUUCACCCGAAGCUGACUCGAGCAGCUACAGCGACAACUACGUGAGAACAACCAAGUACACUCUCGCCACUUUCUUGCCAAAAUCACUCUUUGAGCAGUUCAGAAGAGUCGCAAACUUCUACUUCUUGGUCACUGGCGUCUUGUCUUUCACUCCCUUGGCUCCUUACACUGCUGCAAGCGCCAUUUUUCCUCUCCUUUUCGUUAUUGGUGCUACUAUGGUUAAAGAAGGUGUUGAAGAUUGGCGCCGCAACAAGCAGGACAUUGAGGUGAAUAAUAGGAGAGUAAAAGUGCAUAGAGGAGAUGGGAACUUUGAUUCCAAGGAGUGGAAGACUCUAAGCGUCGGAGACAUAGUGAAGGUAGAAAAGAACCAGUUCUUCCCUGCAGAUCUUGUUCUCCUUUCAUCUAGCUACGAGGACGCUAUCUGCUACGUAGAGACGAUGAACCUAGACGGUGAAACCAAUCUCAAAGUCAAACAAGGACUAGAAGUAACCUCUUCCUUGAGGGAAGACUUUAACUUCAAAGGCUUUGAAGCUUUCGUCAAAUGCGAGGAUCCAAACGCCAACUUGUACUCCUUUGUCGGAACCAUGGAGCUUAAAGGAACCAAGUACCCUCUCUCCCCUCAACAGCUUCUCCUCAGAGACUCAAAGCUCAGGAACACCGAGUUCAUCUUCGGCGCGGUUAUCUUCACUGGUCACGACACAAAGGUCAUACAGAACUCAACGGAUCCUCCUUCCAAGAGAAGCAUGAUUGAGAGAAAGAUGGAUAAGAUCAUCUACCUCAUGUUCUUCAUGGUGGUUCUGAUGUCAUUCAUUGGCUCAGUCAUCUUUGGAGUCACAACAAGAGAUGACUUCAAGGACGGUGUGGUGAAGAGAUGGUACUUGAGACCAGACAGCUCAUCUAUCUUCUUUGACCCCAAGAGAGCUCAUGUUGCUGCCUUCUAUCACUUCCUAACAGCGGCUAUGCUGUACAGCUACUUCAUUCCAAUAUCUUUGUAUGUCUCGAUAGAGAUUGUUAAAGUCCUUCAGAGCAUCUUCAUCAACCAAGACAUCCACAUGUACUACGAGGAAGCCAACAAGCCGGCUCGUGCAAGAACCUCUAAUUUAAACGAGGAGCUUGGUCAGGUGGAUACAAUCCUCUCCGACAAGACUGGGACAUUGACUUGCAACUCCAUGGAGUUCAUCAAGUGUUCUGUCGCCGGGACGGCUUACGGACGCGGCGUCACUGAGGUUGAGAUGGCUAUGGGAAGGAGGAAAGGCUCUCCUCUGGUGCUUCAGAGCGAUGAUGUGGAGUACAAUAAGGAACCGUUUGCUGAAGAGGCCAAGGUGAAAGGGUUUAAUUUUAGAGAUGAGAGGAUAAUGAAUGGGAACUGGGUCACUGAACCUCACGCUGAUGUUAUUCAGAAGUUUUUGAGAUUGCUUGCGGUGUGCCAUACGGUGAUACCUGAAGGGGAUGAGGACACAGAGAAGAUCUCUUAUGAGGCUGAGUCUCCUGAUGAAGCAGCUUUUGUUAUUGCAGCAAGGGAGCUUGGGUUUGAGUUUUAUAACAGAACUCAAACUAGUAUAUCUGUAAGAGAGCUUGAUCUUGUGACUGGCAAAAGAGUUGAGAGGCUGUACAAAGUGCUGAACGUUCUUGAGUUCAACAGCACAAGGAAGAGAAUGUCGGUGAUAGUGCAGGAUGAAGAUGGGAAGCUCUUACUACUUUGUAAAGGAGCAGACAAUGUUAUGUUUGAGAGACUUUCUAAGAACGGUAGAGAGUUUGAGGUGGAAACAAGGGACCAUGUCAACGAGUAUGCUGAUGCAGGCCUUAGAACUUUGAUACUUGCAUACCGUGAACUCGACGAGAAAGAAUACAAAGAUUUUAGUGUGAGAAUCAGUGAAGCAAAGAGCUCGGUUAGUGCUGAUAGAGAAUCAUUGAUAGAGGAAGUCACGGAGAAAGUUGAGAAAGACUUGAUCCUUCUUGGAGCUACCGCUGUUGAGGAUAAACUCCAAAAUGGAGUCCCUGAUUGCAUUGACAAGCUAGCACAAGCAGGAAUCAAGAUUUGGGUUUUGACUGGUGACAAAAUGGAGACUGCUAUCAAUAUUGGCUUUGCCAGUAGUUUACUCAGACAAGACAUGAAGCAGAUCAUAAUCAACUUGGAGACCCCUGAGAUCCACUCACUGGAGAAAACUGGAGAGAAAGAUGCCAUUGCUAAGGCAUCAAAAGAGAAUGUCUUAUUGCAGAUAAUCAAUGGAAAGACUCAGCUAAAGUAUGCUGGUGGGAACUCUGAUGCUUUUGCUUUGAUCAUUGAUGGGAAGUCACUUGCUUACGCCUUGGACGAUGAUAUAAAACACAUCUUCUUAGAGCUCGCCGUUGGUUGUGCUUCUGUCAUUUGCUGUCGUUCAUCACCAAAACAGAAAGCUCUGGUGGCAAGGCUAGUAAAAUCUGGAAAUGGUAAAACAACAUUAGCUAUUGGUGAUGGCGCAAAUGAUGUUGGGAUGCUUCAAGAAGCAGAUAUUGGUGUGGGCAUCAGCGGUGUGGAAGGCAUGCAGGCUGUAAUGUCAAGUGACAUUGCGAUUGCUCAGUUUAGAUAUCUGGAACGUUUGUUAUUAGUCCAUGGACACUGGUGUUACAGGCGUAUCUCAACAAUGAUUUGCUACUUCUUCUACAAGAACAUUACGUUUGGUUUCACUCUCUUCUUGUAUGAAGCAUACACAACAUUCUCAUCAACACCUGCUUACAACGAUUGGUUCCUAUCUCUUUACAAUGUUUGCUUCUCGUCCCUUCCGGUUAUUGCUCUUGGUGUCUUCGACCAAGAUGUAUCUGCACGGUACUGUCUCAAGUUUCCACUGUUAUACCAAGAAGGUGUGCAAAACGUUCUCUUCAGCUGGCGGAGGAUACUUGGAUGGAUGUUCAACGGAUUCUACAGCGCAGUAAUCAUCUUCUUCCUCUGCAAAAGCUCUCUUGAGCCACAAGCUUUCAACCACCAAGGCAAAACCCCUGGGAAAGAGAUCUUAGGAGGGACAAUGUACACAUGCAUCGUCUGGGUUGUGAACUUGCAGAUGGCAUUAGCCAUCAGUUACUUCACACUCAUCCAGCACAUUGUCAUUUGGGGAUCCAUCCUCGUUUGGUACCUCUUCAUGACCGUCUACGGAGAGCUUCCAGCGAGUAUAUCAACCAGUGCGUAUAGAGUCUUUGUUGAAGCUCUGGCGCCGUCGCUUUCUUACUGGGUCAUCACUCUCUUUGUGGUUGUAUCUACUUUGCUGCCUUACUUCAUCUACUCCGCGGUUCAGAUGAGGUUCUUCCCAAUGUACCAUGGGAUGAUACAGUGGCUGAGGUAUGAGGGUCAGUGUAAUGACCCUGAGUACUGUGAUAUGGUGAGGCAAAGAUCAAUAAGGCCUACAACAGUUGGGUUCACCGCGAGAUUAGAAGCUAAAAAGAGAUCAGUGAGGAGGUCAGAGCCUGAAUCAUGAGUUAACCAUUUUACAACUGACUUGCCAGGACGUAAAUAGACUGUUAACCAGUUGUACAUUCUGAUUCUUGAGCGCCUUGCCUGAUUAACAAAGUAGAUUCUUACAGUGAACUCUGAAGAUUAUACACCAUACUUCUAGUAGAGAGAUAGCAUCUAAGUCUUUUCUCUUUGGCUCUUUCAAGAUUCCUUUAAUAUAUUGUCAUUCUUAGAGCAAUGAAGACAUCUUGUGUGAUGAGCAAUGACAAAGGAAUGAUCAUUGGUUUCUUCUAUUUCAUAUUGUGAGUUUCCGAAGUCAAAAUCGUUUGUAGUCUCUCCUUGACGCCAGAAACUCCCAAACACAAACUCUCCCUCCAUGGAGAGCUCAUGCAACAUCUCCUCAAUAUCUUCCAUGCAACUAACUCUGGAGACAUCACCAGGCA